UGUGAUUGGCUGGCAGGCCUACGGGUGGAUGUUUCAGCGGCGCUGAUUGGCCUGGCAGGUCCGUGCUGUGGCGGCUGUGCCGGAGAGAAUUCCCCCGGGCUCUGUCUCUGAGUUCUCAGCUGCAGACUGAUCAGCACCGGAUCCCGGGAGUUUUCUUUCCAAGUCUGAAGAUGUCCAAGCAGGCUCAGUUUUCAAACCCCGAGACGCCAGGUUAUGUUGGCUUUGCCAAUCUGCCAAACCAGGUUCACCGCAAGUCUGUGAGGAAGGGAUUUGAGUUUACCCUCAUGGUUGUAGGGGAAUCUGGUUUGGGGAAAUCUACUCUGAUUAACAGCCUCUUCCUGACUGAUUUGUAUCCAGAACGUGUGGUGCCUGGUGCAGCAGAUAAGAUUGAGCGUACAGUGGAGAUUGAAGCAUCCACAGUAGAAAUAGAGGAAAGAGGUGUGAAGCUGCGACUUACUGUGGUUGAUACUCCAGGCUAUGGUGAUGCCAUGAAUUGUGAGGACUGUUUCAAGCCCAUCAUUCGCUAUGUGGAUGACCAGUUUGAGCGAUAUCUUCAUGACGAGAGCGGCUUGAACCGGCGACACAUUGUAGAUAACCGUGUCCACUGCUGCUUUUAUUUCAUCUCGCCCUUUGGCCAUGGUUUAAAGCCCCUUGAUGUACAGUUUAUGAAGGCGUUACAUAACCGGGUGAAUAUUGUUCCUGUGAUCGCCAAAGCUGAUACUUUAACUCUGAAGGAACGUGAAAGACUCAAGCGAAGAGUGCUGGAUGAAAUUGAAGAACAUGGAAUCAAAAUUUAUCAGCUCCCAGAUGCUGAGUCAGAUGAAGACGAGGACUUUAAGGAGCAGACUCGGCUUUUAAAGGCCAGUAUCCCCUUCUCUGUUGUUGGAUCUAAUCAGCUAAUUGAAGCCAAAGGUAAAAAGGUCCGAGGUCGUCUGUAUCCAUGGGGCGUGGUUGAAGUAGAAAACCCAGAACACAAUGACUUCCUGAAACUGAGAACAAUGCUUAUCACACACAUGCAGGACCUGCAGGAGGUGACUCAAGAUCUGCAUUACGAAAACUUCCGCUCAGAGCGUCUGAAAAGAGGUGGCGCCAGCAAAGUGGAGAAUGUGGAAGUAUCAAAGGACCAGAUAUUGCAGGAGAAGGAAGCUGAGCUCCGACGCAUGCAGGAAAUGAUUACAAGAAUGCAGGCUCAGAUGCAGAUCCAGAGACACGGAGAAGGCGACGUGUAAUGGUUUCUAAUGGUGCAAAGCAGGAGCUGUGUUCUCUGACCUACCUGUGGCUUAUCGUACAGUACACGGCAACCAAUACACAUGGUUAUGUUUUCCGUUUUUAUACUUUGCAAGCAUUUUUUGGGGAAGGGGGGGGGGGGGGAAUCCAUACAUUUUGAGUAGCGGCAUAUCUAUUUUAUAACUUGUACAUAAGAGGGCAUUUUACAAAGUAUAGUCUUACACCAAUUGGUCAUUGACCGUCGCAUACAUAAGCACUCACGCUAAGCCUUUAUACACCAUUCACUGCACUAUAUUAGCAUCCACUCUAUUUACCUUUAUUAUUAGGUUUUAUCCUUUCUUGUGAAACUACCAAUCACUUGACAUCUCUGGUGCAGUUUGAUACAUUUAGUCACGUGGUAUUUGUAACCAGAAAUUUUGUCUACGGGAACUUUCUGUGAAACCUUGUACGAAAUAAUGUGCCCUCUGACCUGGUCUCUGGCCUGCGCAAUGCACCCAGCAGUGACUGUAGAGAACCCGGGCUGCUAGGACUGUAUUACCGGUUGGAGCCUUAAAGCAUCUGUCUUCAAACAUGAUCUCAGGCCACCCAACACUUCAUAUUUUCAAGCUGAAGUGUAUGUAUUACAGCUGCUUUGUCAUUUAUAAAACCUGUAAUGUUUCUACCACUUUUCUAUACUAAUGGGGCUCGGAAUUCGUUCAUUCAAGUCCUUCAGGAAAGUACCACUAUAAAUGAUUAUUAUUAUUAUUUUUUUUUAAAUGAAGUAACCCAGAAAUGUGAGAGAUUAAAGACAUUAAGCCUUCAACGUAUGGGUUUUAGACUGCAAAUCAUCCUUGAUAAAAUGUGAUGUCACACAUUUUGUUCAUGGUUCAAUACUUACGGUAAUUCAGAGCCAAGCUAACCACCUGUCUAACCCAGAUCACCAGCUUAUGCAGGCUGGACAUUGCUAAGACACUUCCUCCUCAGCACUGACAUAUUAGGUAAUGCAUAAACCCUAUAACUUUGCUACAUGUAAUCAUAAAGCAGUAUUCCCAGAAUCCUUACUUACUGUAAGGUGUGUUGCGGUAUUGGUAACAUACACCUCUUUCUAUAGACUGUUACAUAAAUUUAUUUUUCUAAACUGUUAUGUAUGGAUCACCGCAGUAAGGGCGACUUCUGGAAACAUAAGAUUUCACAAUAAACCUCUACCUCCAAUCAAUUGAGCUAAGGGGGACCCGAGUUCCAGACCCCGUAUUUUGGCUGAUUCUAGUCCGGUGCUUUGAACCCGCAAUGCUCUUAUAGUCUGGGAGAGGGGAGAGUUGUACUGUGCACUCAUGUUACAUACAUUGAAUGAAUAAGCUGGUUUAGUGCACGCACUGGUUCUUCAGCUAAUAUACUGGUUACAUUCUACAUAGUAUUACCAGAGUGACAGCUACAAAUGUUUCCUGAUUUGCUAAUUUACUGUAAGGUUGCAUGUACCGUGGUUUCUUUGUAUUGUUGUGGAUGUUGUUGUCUUGGAGUUUUUUUGUAUAAAUAUAUGGGUCCAUGGAUUGUUUGAACCUGAGCUGUGUUCAGAUGUAUCUUGAACGUAGCAUUUAUCUAAUUUGGAAUAGCAAAUACUUCUGUCUGUGUGUAACACAUCCACUGUACACACUGUAUCCCUGGUGAACAGAGGACUAGAACAUGACUGCUACUCUCUGUGAACCCUGUUUGUAUCAUGGAUGUGUUUCAAGGGGUUGGGUAUGGGUGUUCAGCGCUUGGAAUCCCACAAACGCAACGAAGCCCCUUGUGGGCUCGAUUGGAAGCUGUGCUCGCCACAGGUUCUAUUCCCACCGUGUGGGUGUCGUGGACACCCGUGAGUGGGAAUAGUCCCUGUUAGUCGGCAUUUAGAGGGGGCGGAAUGUAGCCGUCGGUAUUGUGACCGCCAGUCACAUAACUACAUCCCAUUUCGAGUAGAGAUCAAUAAGCCAUAACGUAAACCGCAUUAAUGCAGCAGUCACCAUGCAGCUGACCAUAUCGCUGGCACAUAAUAAGCUGCGUUUGUAUGCAGCAUAAGGGCAUAGGUUUAGAAUAAAAUGUGUCACUGGUGGACUACAAAUGUGUUCUAUUGUGGCACGGCUUUACGAGUAAGUUAGCAGAAUAACGUCACUGUGUUCUCCAAGCUCAGCUGCAGUUGUCACCUUCUGGAGUUCGGAGUCUUCUCCAUUGUUACAUAUGUGUUUUGACAUUUUCAAGUUUGUAUCAGGUUUUAGGUCUGUGUUUUGGGGGUUUUCCUCCAAGUUUAGAAUUUUUGGGUGAUCAUUUUAGGCAUGUAUGUAUUUUUUAUAUAGAACACAUUUCAGUAAGUGUACUUGACCUGCCUAUUGCCCUGCAAUAUCUUAACAUAAGCUAAAAAAAACAAAACAUAAUGUUACUCCUUUUCGGAAUGACAUUUUUUGCCUUAAGCGAGGGCUCUUGUUAAUUGGGAAAUUCUAAUGGUUUCUUGCUAUCUACUAAUUCAUUCACUUUCUAUUUUUAAAGCAAAGAAGAGAGCAAUUCUGAUAAUACUGACGGUCUGAUUUUUAUAGGGCUCUUGUUGCUGACGAAUAGCCUGGCUAUCUAACUCUCUAUUACCAUUGAAGUUAGUCAUGUAGGUCAUUGUAUAGUAUAACAAUUGGCAGUCUGCAGUUAUUACAUUAAAGCCUCAUUCAUACAAAUUUGGGGUCAGUAAGCCCCCUCUUAAUGAUGCCACUGUCUAUAACUGCUACUCCCAACAGUCAGGAAAAUCUGCCGUGUGAUAUAGCUUCUGUUAUAAUCAUAUACUGCUCCUCUGACGUAGUGUAUGCUCUACUUUGUAGUUCCACAACUGCAGGCGAUAUACAGUUUGCCUACUCAUCUUCUAAUGUUCCUGCUUUUGUGAACAGACGCUGAAUAAAGUUGCUCUUCAAACAUAUGACCAGAAGGCCAUUCCCUGAUCUUUGUCUACAGUAGACAGCCAAAAACUAUUUAUUACAUGAUCUUGCUAUAUCCUAUUUGUAUGCUGGUAAUCACCAUAUCACGGAAAACUUGCAAAUGAAAAAUUAUUUCAGUUAACCAUACGCUGCCUACAGAGAAAUCUGAAAACUUUUCUAGUAAGUAAUUACCGUGAAAUAAAGUUGUUGUUUAUUUGCAAUUCAAUUAAUGCCUGUCAUGAACUUAUCCCAGAUCACUGUGCUUUCACAAUUGCGAUCCCUGUAAUUUACUUUGAGUAAUUAAAUUCCCCCAUUGGUCUGGUUUCAUAAUUUAGGUUAUAACUGGUUUUCUGAUUUCAUCCUUAAAUAGGUUAUGAUUGUUCUUCAGGUUAAAAGUGCCUUGCAAGAAAACACAGAGAAUUUUAAUGCACUUUGGGAAAUAAAAUCAGAGUCCUGUGUCCAGCUUUAUGUGUUCUCCAUUUAUACCUAUUUAGCUAUGUUAUUGUAUAAAUCACUGCCAUGUAUCAGAGGGGAUGUACUACUCCUGCCUUUUUUUGUAUCCCGCAUUGUUAACUUCUGACCCUUUUGUUGGGUUGUGUUCCUAUACAAGGGUGGCAGCGUUUGGAAUGUGACUGUUUGUAUUAUGACUUUUUCAAUGAAUACAUUUGUUUUUAAAUAAAUAUAUUCAGCAUCAA